AUGCCGCGAUCGCAGAAUCAAGGCAUGCAUUGCGGAACGCUGGCCAUUUGUGCGCAUGGCUUAUACGGUGCAUCUAGUGCGACGGGAGCGCUCCGUCUUGUUCCAAAUGCGAGAAAGCAGGCGUACAGUGCAUCGAUCCUCUUAUCAGAUGCAUUGUCGAGAGUUGAGUGGCUCGAAAACAUAGUGAAAACACAUCUGCCGGACGUCGAUCUCACAGGAGGAACUCCACAAUCGCUUCCUGGGGCAGCACAUACCGAGACAGUGCAGCCUCUUUCGACUGCAGUAUCGACAGCCAAGCGUCGAGCGGAUGCAGCCGGCCUGGACAGUCCUGGCACUCCAGUCGAGCAUGGCAAACGUAUGGCCCGUGAUCUGGGCCUAGUCUCCUUGAAUGUGAGCAACUCCAGAACGCACUACCUUGGAGCAUCGUCUGGACAUUUCUUUGCCGAUCUGCUGCAAGACCAUCGUGAGACACAGGAUCCAAUCACUGGCCAGGACGAGUCAGCUGAAAGUAGUGACAUUGAGGACGGCGUGGGAUCCAGUGGUCAUGGGGCUUCCUUCCGUGGACAUUUCGCUGUUCUCAAAAAGCUUCAGAAGGUCCUGCCUACACAAGACGAAUGCAAUCUCCAUGUUCGACUGUUCUUCCAUCACUAUCAUCCCGAAUAUCCGGUCUUACAUCAGCCCAGUGUCUACUCCUUGGUCACGGCUCUAUACGCUGCUUUACAUGUUGUUUCCCCAGACAGCCUUGGUCCGAACGGAUGGCCUGUGGACAUGCCAGCGUUCAAAUACAAUGGCCAAGCACUGGGCAAAGGUGGCAAAGACACAGUGACGAUCUCGCCGACUACUGCCGCUGCGCAACUUCUCUACAUCCUGGCCGCUGCUGCCCAUCUACAGAAUCACAGGCACAAAUUCGGAUCUGAUCCCCGUCCCUAUGAAGAUCUCGCUGUGCAGCUCAUGUCGCGGAGCCUGGGGGAUGUUUCACUCGAGUCGGUACAACUGAUAGUACUCUCCAUACUGCACGGCUUUAUCAGUGGUCAGAGCGGCAAUCCGUGGGUUUUUUUGCACCUAGGCAUGGCCUACGCUGUGGACUUGGGCCUGCAUCGUGCCGCUCAAGACUCAUCACGGUUCACUCUCGAGAACGUGCAGAUGCGACGAAGGGUGUUCUUCUGUCUGUACGUCCUGGAUAGGUUCAUUAGCUCAGUCCAGGGACGACCAUUGGGCUUUCAAGACGAUACGUUAGAACUGGCUCUCCCCGUCAUGAUCGAUUCUGGGGAGAGCACCGCUUCAGCAGAUGACCAAGCUUUGAUGGACUACUCGAUCGCACGAUUCCAAUGGGCACAGCUGAUCUCCGAAAUCAAGUAUCAUUUGUAUCGAUUCUCUUCCUCCGCCAUGGCAGGCUCAACGCGCAGGGAGACACAAUCCAGCUUGCAUAUUAGACUGGACGAAUGGAGAUUUACUUCAUUGAGACAAUUGGACACGAGCAUCGACAAGAGAGCACUAGCCCUCAAGACCGAGCUGAAGAUCAAACACGAAUACGCGAUGUGUCUCCUGUAUCAACCUUCGAUCAGCUGCCGACAUCCUGACUCGGCCGCUUUGAAGCGAUGCUUUGACAGUGCUGUCAAAAGAUUGAACAUGUACUGGUCUUUGCACGAGCACCAGGCCUUGAUUUUGAGCUGGCCAGUCACGCAUGGCAUUUUCUUGGCUGGGACGACACUCAUAUUCUGCAUGUGGGCCUCACCAGACGUUCGAUCAUCAAUGCUGAUCUCUCAGAUUUCCAAGGACCUACGCUUGUGUACCAACCUUCUAACCCUCGGAGGUGCGUGGUGGACACCUGCACGUCGAUGCUGCCAAAGCUUUCAAUCUCUGGUUGACAUAACCACCAAUACGUUUCUAUUUCCAUCAACCACCGAGCCUCCUGUUCCCACCACGCAAACCACCCUGCCACUUACGCCAAGCCUUGAUGAGCCUGGCCAGGACACUGAGCUCUGGGAUCCGAACGACAUCGAAGAAAUGCUGAGGUCGUUCAUGCAGAACGACUAUCAAUUUUCAGAUCUAUUUGACAACCUGCAAGCCGUUCCCACGGGCUCGUCUGACGCAACUUGGAACUUCGACGUGCCUUCAACUUAG